AUGGCGGUGAGUUCGUUCAAAGUGCCAAACCUCUCGAACAUCCGUUCUGAAAAGACCUUGAUGUGCAUCAAUCUGUUAAUGGUCGAACCACAGCAGAUCAAUCGCGCACUGCCGCUGAAUCAGCGACCGUUGACGAAGAUUGUCAACAACCUCAGCGGUGUUUCUUGCCCGACAAUAAAUACUGGCGUAAACGACCAACGGUCUUCCGAAAUUAUUAUGUUACUGUGCUAUCUCACAUGA